UUACUGCAGAAAUUAUUUCCUUACUACUGUUGUCGUGGUUAUGGAUCUUUUAACAUAGUGGAGUUAAAUUUUUAUACACAACGAUAGGAUAUUCCAUUUGUUGUCUACAGGUAUACACGUCGAAGCCGUCUAUCACUGAACUGAACCAUGUCAGAUUGAAUAUUCCUCUAUAAUGCCAUCAUCUUAUCAUCACUGCUGAAUACGGAUUGUAUACAAAUUUUUUGAUCUGAAUACAUUUCAAUGAAUGGAAUUAAAGUGAAUGUAAAUAAUCAGAAUGGUGGUCAACACGAUGACUAUAUGAGUAUAUUGAGCAAUAAUAAUUAUCUAUUGGAUUUUGAGCAUAUUUCUAACGAUGUCUUUGAAGCCAACAUUAAACCAUGCUUAAAACAACUACGAUGUGUUAUCAAUGAAUUAAUCGAUAGUGAAUCAGUCUAUGUAAAGAGUUUAUGUGAUAUUGAAGAGGGUUAUUUAUUACGCUUAAAAGGGAAUGAAAUUGGUGUGAAUUCACAACUGUUAGACGUUCUCUUUUACAAAAUUCCAGAUUUACGAGUUUUUCAUGCACAACUUCAUACUGAUCUCCAGUUGAGUCGUGAUAAUCUUAUACAACUUGGACAAGUAUUCUUGGAUAAUGCAAAACAAUUUGAAGAGCUUUAUGUUGAAUUCUGUUUAAAUUAUCCAAAAAGUAUUCAUUUAUUAGAAGAGGAACAGAAAUCUCGUACAGAAGUAUGGACAUACCUUAUCAAUUGUCAGUUGGAAUUACAACAUCAACUUCCAUUGGCUACUUAUUUACUAAAGCCAGUCCAGCGUGUACUGAAAUAUCAACUACUUUUACAGGAAUGCCUACGACAUUUGAAUCAGUUAGUUACAGAGCUGUCAAAACAUCACUCAUCAGGGGAGAAAGCUUCUGCGUUAAACAAAACUCGAUGCAAUCUAGAGUCUAGUAGUGAGAAUACUAACAACAACAAUAAUGGCUGUAAUAACAGUGAUGAUGUCGAUUAUUUGGAUUUUCUCAAUGAAUCUGUCUUUACAUUGCGACAAGCGUUAGAACGUAUGAUUCAAGUUGCUGAUCAUAUCAAUGAACGUAAACGUUAUCGUGAAUUUUUAGAUCAGUUGCGUUCAACUCGAUUGGAUGUAGAUAAUUGGGGUGAUAUCGUACUGUGUGAUUAUUUUCGUAUACCGGGUAAAAAAGAUCUACGCUUAGUUCUACUGUUCCAGUGUGCUCUAAUUCUAUGUAAAUAUACACAACCUAGUGGUAACAUACACGUAUCAAGUACUCAAUCACUAUCUGUAAAUGAUAACUGGAUCAGUAAUACAAUGACAACCACCACCACCACAACAACAACAGCUACAAUGACCACCUCAACAGGACCACGUAAUAGUUUAGAUCGUGUAGGACCAGGAAAUUCAAGUCUCUGGAAUUUGAAUGUUAGAUCCAUUGAAAUACGUGAAGUAAUCAGUUGUGCCAAUUUAAUGUUAGUUGAAUGCAUUGAUAAAGAUCCACUGGCCUUCCACAUACUACCAUUCGAUAAUCCUAAAGCUCAGCGUACUUUACAAGCAAUCAGUCUGGAGACUAAACGUUUAUGGUGUCGUGAAAUAAAACGAUUAAUCUUAGAGAAUUAUGAUGCUGCUAUACCAGAAAGAGCUAAACAAAUAGUUUUAAAUAUGGCUGAAUUAACUUAUGGCCCGCCUAUUAAAGAUAUUUCUGAUCUACCAAUGAGUUUAACUAAUUUACAAAAAGUUGGAACGUUUUAUGCUGGUCAACAACGAAAUGGUUUGAUGAUGAAUGAAGAACGGUCAGCAAGUGGUCGAGUUCAUCGUAAAAGUGAUACAGCUCUUCCACGUCUCCGACGUCUUGUCAAUCGAUCAAUCAGUAGCACUAAUGCUCCACUUGCUUCCAAUUUCAUUCGCACACCGAAUCCAUCAUUAGAUGAGGAUACUGUGGAAGCGAGAAUACCUUCUGUGACAAAUAGAUGUAUGUUGAAUGGUAACAGUAAGCAUAACAGCAGAGACUCCUUAUCUUUUGAUAAUGGUAAUAAUUCUACUGAGAGACAUCUUGAUUCUUUACUGCAUGAAGCAUGGGAAGAAAUUUGGGCUAAACAUCAUUCCCCUGUUAAGCCAAAUGGGAGCAUAUCCACAAGUGGUGCUGGUGUUGUUGUAUCUCCUGCUGUUAAUGGUCAGUUAAAUCCCCUGAGAAAUACUCAUCAUCACAAUAGUAAAGGAGGAGGGGAGAAGGCAGAAGAUGAUAGUCGUUGUUUACCUGGUGGUGAUGAUGGUACAUUGACAACGAAUACUACUACUGUCAAUGAGGCAGAUUUUCGAUGUAUAGCUGUAGAGAUUAAUGAAGAACGAUUUGGUCUUUCAUCACCAUCAUCAACACAGUCGAUAACUUCAAAUUGUACAGUCAGUGAAACACGAAAGUGUUCAGUGCCUUCGUUAUCAAAAUUAAGCAAUACUUCUUCUACAAAUCAUUUUAUAAAUCAUUCAGAUAACUCCAAAUUCUCAGUUCCAACUUCCCCUUCAUCACAGCCUUUAUCGCAUUGUUCUUCCUCUCCAUCCUUUCCUGUUUGUCACAAAUCAUCACUGACCAGUAACUCAAUACAAACUAGCAAUGGGAUAACUCCAUCAGUGUAUAUCGAUUGUCCAAACGCCUCAAGUUAUGAUGUGAUUACAUUCGGUCGAACAUAUGAACAGUAUAUAGCUAAAGCUCGAGCUAUGGUUGCUUUAUCUCCUCGAGAUUUAGAUGAAAUCUUUAGUCCACUACGGGAAUUAGCCUGUAUCGUUGAUAGUGAAAAUAAUCUCUCACCUACUACUGGUAGGCAUCAUUGUCCCCUGAAUGAUGAAAUAGCUUUAGAUGAUGUUAGAAAUACACUGGCUCAUCAUCGAUGUGCAACUGUCCCGUUAACAAUGACGACAAAUCUCAGUCAUACCAAGCAGCGGUGUGCUACAUCGACAAGUAUUACAAAAAAUUUGAGUAGAUUAACUCAAGGAUUAAAAAUCUCUUUAACUGAUUUGUCAUCUCAUGCUGAACAUGCUGAAAAUGAUACACUGAGUGAUGGUGAUCGUAGUAAUGGUCAUUGUUCAUCUGGUGGGAGUUCACCACGACAUAUUGUCAGUCGUAUUGCUGUAACGCAUAACCGAAACACUUUCAGUAAUGAUUUAAUCACAAAAACUAUCACUGUGAUACCAAACAGCAUUCCAGAUCCUUCAUUUCGUACAACAGCGACAACAACAACAACAAUACAAUUUCACACCAGCGGUGAUUCGAAAAACAACUUUAAUACAGUCAGUGAUGCGCAUAAUGGACGAAGAUGUUCAAGACAAGGAUCAUUUGAAAGAGCUGACAGUUGUCACAAUGGUACUAAAUCUUCUUCAGGUUCACCAAAACAACUUAAACCACAAUUAAUAGGCAUUAAUAAUGGUCUGUCGAAUAAAUCAAGUGUCUCUAAACCGCCUAGAUUAACCAAUCAUCAUAGUACACUGACAUCUGUUGGAAAUCCAGUUAAAGCUACUUAUAACAAUUCAGUAGACAGAAAGCAAACUACGCAUGACUCUUCUUGUUCAACACCUACUUCACCUAUAGUAUACGAUCUAAACGGUAGACGUAGCCGUCGAAAAUCACGUGCACCUGCUCCACCAAUCCCCCUGGGAGAUACUCGUCCUCCUCUUCCUCAUCCGCCUCUUAAAGCGCCAUUAGCAGUUUUAGAAGGAGGUGAUGAUGUAUGUGUAGAGCCUGUAUGUAGCGGUCAUGUAAAAGCUGUGAUAUCAUCACUUUCAGAAAUAUCAACUAAACCUAAUGGUCUUUUCAAAGCAAAUUCUCUGCACUUAAAAGACAGGACUACUACUGCUUCUACUGAUGAUGACAAUAACACUAACAAAGGGAAACCAAUUAAACCACCUCGACGACUUAACAGUACAUCAUCUUCCAGUGACAUUCCUCGUACAUUUAUCAAAGAGAAAACUGCUCCGAGUAGAAAUUAUUCACCAACACUGAGAAGCCUUCAUAAUCCUUCUUUAAGCCAUAACAAGACGACUGCUACUUCUCAUGAUGUUGCAAACCAACGUUUAGGCAUUGUAAAGAAUAUGAUCAAUAAAUUCCAGCAACCAUAA